AUGCGUCGCAAUGGAGCUGGUAAAAGAUUAACUUAUGUGGACCGUGAUUCUCGUUUACUUGUCUGGUAUCGGCAAAAACGUACUGAUCCUGGAUCAACAACAACACCUGUUGCUGUAUUCGUAAAGAAAAACCAGCGACUUUCUCUUCAACGUCCAAAACGACAACAAAAAUUUCCACUCGCCGAAGUUCAUCAAAAAGCUACUUCAUUCUAUAAUUAUCUACGACGAGCUAGCCGAUGGGCUCCAAAACGUGGCCCAAUGAGGGCCUUUACUCCUCGUGACGUACUCAAUAUGGACGAAUCUCCACUUGCAUUAUUCGGCGAUCAAGCAAAACGAUCAAUUAAUGA